GUCAGAAUCUCCAAGCUACAGGCCCCUCUGUUUCAGACCUAUAAAUGGACUCCCAUCUCACUGUGCUCUGAAUCGCCUCGUUCUGAGAAACUCUCUGCUGAAAACGUUGAACGCUCCACUACAUUAAGAUGUCAGACUUGGAGAACUGCCUGGGAACCAUCAUUGAGGUCUUCCACAAAUACUCGUCCAAAGAAGGCGACAAGUACAAAUUAAAAAAGAACGAACUGAAGGAGCUGCUCACAAAUGAAUUUCCGACUCUAACUGAGCAUGUGAAAGAUCAAGCAACAAUGGAUGGUUUGAUGGAAGGCUUGGACACCGAUGGUGACUCAGAGUGUGAUUUUCAGGAGUUCAUGACCUUCAUCACCAUGGUUACCAUCUGUUGCCAUGAGUUUUUCGAACACCACGAAGACGAAUGAGUUGAAUUUAACACAACAAGUUCAGGUUUCGUAGCUUAAUAAGUCACAAUACAUUCCUUCUCUUAAAGUUUGCUUUGAUCUUUAUCAUAUCAUAUUAGGAUUGCUUUUUUUUAGGAUUGAUUUGUUUGGAAAGAAUGUAAAUGCAGCUUGUACAAUAGUUUGUUUGGUUUAUUUUGCUAGACUUUUGCUAAACUCCUUCAUAAUUUAUUACAAAACAUGUUUCUAUUAUUUUGCCUAGGCAUUUUUUUUUUUUUUCCAAGACAUCCCCAUCAUAAAUCUCACCGAGUGAAAUGCGGAUCAGGUGUUGUGCUCUUGCCAUUUCAAUUCCAGGCUGAUUGUGAAAUAUGUUUUUUUUUUUUCUGAUUAGCUUCAGACUAUUAGGCUGCUAUUGACUUACAUCAGAUUGUUCCCGGGGCCUGAGACAAAUCAUACUGUGCUUUUAAAAGACCCACCAAAGACAAUUAUUCUUCUUAAAAAAAAUAUCUAAUACGAUGUUUAAAACCGUCCAUGAAUGAUUUGGAAUUUCAAAUCAAUCCCAUAUGUGAUUAGAGGCAUGCAAACCCAUGUUUGUCAUGUAUUAAACGUCCAGAAUAUUUACUAGCAGAUUUACUAGCAAUAGUACAUGAAAUGUGUUUUCCAACUGUAAACUAACGGUCGAUGUCAAAACAUCAGGCUUAAUUCAUGAAACAAGGUAUUUUCUGUGUAAUUCGUGCAUAAAUCUACUUACACGCGGAUUAUUAAACUGAAUGUGAAAAUUUUAUUAAGAAUGUAUUAUGAACAAUUGAUGAAAAUUUACAAGAAAGGCCCUACACUGAAUUAUUCCUUAUAAAGCUAAACAAAAGAUGAACAAGUUUCAAAAGCCGAACUGUGAGAAUUAUGGAAUGUAAUCUAGCAAAAUAAAAUUCUGAACAAAUGAAAUUCAA